CGCAGGACCAGCACAUUCGCAAACUCACCAGCGUUGCGUGCACAUCGCAGAGUUAGAGAAGCAAUCUAGCAAUACACAUCCGAGAUGGCCACCACAAACAGCCAGAGCCACUACAGCUACGCCGACAACAUGAACAUGUACAACAUGUAUCACCCCCACAGUCUGCCGCCCACUACGCCUUACUACGAGAACUCAGGCUGCAACACCUACUAUCAGAACAGCUCCACUUACCAGAGCUAUCAGGGCUACUAUCCCCAGGAGAGUUACUCGGAGAGCUGCUACUACUACAACAACCAGGAGCAGGUGACCACCACCCAGACUGUCCCACCGCCCGUGCAAACCACCACCCCGCUGCCCAAGGCCGCCAAGCGUAAGGCCGAAGAAGACGCCGCCUCCAUAAUCGCUGCCGUGGAGGAGCGACCCAGCACCCUGAGGGCCCUGCUCACCAACCCCGUGAAGAAGCUGAAGUACACCCCCGACUACUUCUACACCACAGUCGAGCAGGUGAAGAAGGCCCCCGCCGUCAUCUCUAAGGUCGCCGCCAGCCCCGCCCCCAGCUACGAGCAAGAGUACGUGGCUGUGCCUACGCCCAGCGCCUCCGAGGAUGUUGACUACUUGGACGUCUACUCGCCCCAGUCGCAAACGCAGAAACUGAAGAAUGGCGACUUUGCCACCCCACCACCAACCACGCCCUCCACUCUGCCGCCCGUCGAAGGCAUCAGCACGCCACCCCAAUCGCCGGGCGAGAAAUCCUCGCCAGCUGUCGGCCAGGAGAUCAAUCAUCGAAUUGUGACAGCCCCGAAUGGAGCCGGCGAUUUCAAUUGGUCGCACAUCGAGGAGACUUUGGCAUCAGAUUGCAAAGACUCCAAACGCACCCGCCAGACGUACACCCGCUACCAGACCCUGGAGCUCGAGAAGGAGUUCCACUUCAAUAGAUACAUCACCCGGCGUCGUCGCAUCGAUAUCGCCAAUGCCCUCAGCCUGAGCGAAAGGCAGAUCAAGAUCUGGUUCCAGAACCGACGCAUGAAGUCGAAGAAGGAUCGCACGCUGGAGGGCUCCCCGGAGCAUUGUGGUGCCGGUUACACCGCUUUGCUGCCGCCACUGGAAGCCACAACCACCGCCAGCACCGGGACACCAUCGGUGCCAGUGCCAGUGCCCAUGUACCACCACCACCAAACCACCUCCGCCUAUCCCGCUUACAGCCACAGCCACAGUCACAGUCAUGGUUAUGGUCUGCUCAAUGAUUACCCUCAGCAGCAGACCCACCAGCAGUACGAUGCCUACCCGCAGCAGUACCAACAGCAGUGCAGCUACCAGCAACAUCCACAGGACCUCUACCAUCUAUCCUGAAGUCCGGUGAUGCGCUCAGAUACUCUCUUCCCCAGAGCGAAACCAAAAGCCGUACCGCCACGAAACCGAAGCGCACUUCUCUCGACCAUUUGUUGGUGACACGCAAAUGACACAGCCGAGAACGAAGCUGCGACACGAUGAGUUGCACAGUAGAGUCCGCACUCCCUACUGUGCCCAGGACAUUUUGGGCACAAGGACGAGUGCGCAUGUGCAAAAGGCAAGAGGCAAGAGGCAGACGCAGAGGCAGGACAGCGCAAAGGAAAAGGAGCCUUGCUGCGCGCGGAACCCAGUGGCUGGCCAUGAUGGGUUCUUAGCGAUCGAUUAGCUGCGGCUAAACAAAGGCCCAACACACUCAGCUGGGAGUGAUAAUGCCAAAAGACUUGGAGACUGACACAUGUUUUUGUACAGAUAUCAGUUAUGAUAAACCUAUCAUAUAGUUAUUUUUUAAAAAUAUAUAGUAAAACGAUCGAAUUUAAACAA